CGCGCAGCGGAGCGACGGCCACGAAUUCCUCCGCGCUCCUCAAAUUUCUUGAAAUCACCGACCCCCUGCUCCUCGGCCGAAGCUUCCUCCCGAUAAACAUCCUCCGCAGUCCAAAGGGUAAAGAUGUUGCGAAGUGUCGCCGUGCUCUUUCUGCUCUCCGUAGCCCUCACCAACGCGGAGGAGCUGCAGAGUAAGAGCAAAGUGUGCGCUAAUGUUUUCUGUGGAGCCGGCAGGGAGUGUGCUGUGAAUGAGAAGGGGGAGCCCAGCUGCCUGUGCAUCGAGAGCUGCAAGCCCCACAAGAGGUCAGUGUGUGGCAGUAAUGGGAAGACCUACAGGAACCACUGCGAGCUGCACAGAGACGCCUGUCUCACUGGUCUGAAGAUCCAAGUGGCCUAUGAUGGACACUGCCAGGAGAAGAAGACAGACAAGGCAGCUGCAAGUCCAGUGGUGUGCUUUGCUGCUGACCGCAAUGAACUGAGAGGUCGGAUCAUCCAGUGGCUUCAGACUGAGGUUGUUCCAGAUGGAUGGUUUGUCAAAGGCUCCAACUUUUCUGACAUCCUGCUCAAAUACUUCAAGUCCUAUGAUAAUGGUGAUGCCCAGAUGGAUUCCUCUGAGCUGCUCAAAUUCAUCCAGCACAAUGAGUCUGUGGUGGAGAUGCAGUCAUACGCCGACCAGGAGAGCAACAAGCUGCUGAGGAGCCUGUGUGUGGAUGCCCUCAUUGAGCUCUCUGAUGAAAAUGCUGACUGGAAACUCAGCUUUGAUGAGUUCCUCAACUGCCUGAAGCCUGGAUUUAACCCACCAGAAAAAAAGUGUGCUCUGGAGGACGAGACGUAUGAGGACGGAGCAGAGACUCAGGUGGAGUGCAACCGCUGCGUUUGUGCAUGUGGAAACUGGGUCUGCACAGCCAUGACAUGCACUGACAAAACAGCAGCAAUGGCUGACACCUCAGAUACUGGUGCAGAGAUGACCGAGGAAGAAUGGAACCUCCGUGUCGCUGAACUCAACAAGCAUCAGGAAACAAUGGAAAAGAUGAAGUCCAGCACAAAGGAGGCCUAAAUAAGGAGACUGUGGAGAAGAGGGCGCCCAGUAUCACCCCUUUACAUACUUGACUGACUUUGGGGCCAUGCAUUGUUGACUGCUAUGUUAAAUACAAUACAUUUAUGUGGAAUGUUUUUAUGUUGUGUUCAGUACUGUCACUCUGCAUUUGAUUGUUGUACUGUGUCCCUGUUGUAAGGGCUUUUUACAGGUAUUUUUUUUUUUUUUUUACAUUUACAAGUGAAAGGUCAAGUUGUCACUGUUUGUGAAUAUGGACGUCACUGUUUGAGCAGGAAGAGAUGGGGGGUUCCUGCACUGGCAGGUUACUUUAUGGAGCCACCGCAGAAGGCAGAGUCGUAGUGAGGCCAUACAAGUGUCACAGUACGUCAUUACUUGACAAAUGCACUUCCUACUUUUCUUUUGCUUUCUUUCAUGUAUUUUAUCACACAUCCUUAAAUUGUGUUUGUCUGUUUAUGUAAUGUUUGCUGACACAGUAUAUUAUUGGCUUCACCCUGUUCAUGGUUUGUGUUCAUAAUAUUCAUCUCACUGGUGCUCUUAAUUUAAACGUUACUUCCUCGAUCAUGUCUGUGUUAUCCCUCAGGCAUUUAUGUGGGACUGUAACUAACACCAAAGUCUGUAUGAAGAGUUUGAAGAAUCGUCGGAGUAGUAUUAUACUCUGGACCCAGCAACUACACUAUACCUGUUGUUUCAUCACUAACAGAAAGAGCCUCCGUAUCUGCUCAGUAGUGCUCCAGUAACUGGAUGCAUGUUCAGUGUGCAUGGUGGAUGUUGAGAGUAAUUGGGUUUGCUAGUGUGUUAUACCAGUGCCUUAGACCUGCAAAGAGCAUGGCUCAAGUCUAUCAUUGCCUGCACAAAGCCAAAUGGUUAAAUGUGCAGACGUUUUGUAAUUUGAUUUACUUAAUCUUUAUAUCUGAUAAUGCAUUUCUAUAGUAUAUUCAGGCUUAAUAUUUUUAUUCCACUAAAAGUGCUGAGACUGUAUGGACAAUAUACUGUAUGUAUGACAAUAAACCCAGUACUCAACUUUUA